GCUCCCGAUCACCAGCCAGCCGUCAACCAUGGUGCAUUGGACCGAUGAAGAGAAGCAGAUGAUCUGCAGCAUGUGGGGCAAAGUGGAUGUGGCAGAAACUGGAGCCCAAGCCCUCAGCACAUUGCUGGUGGUGUACCCCUGGACCCAGAGGUUCUUUGCCCACUUUGGGAACCUCUCUGGCGCCACCGCCAUCUGCGGCAACCCCAAGGUGCGCAACCAUGGCAAGAAGGUGCUGACCUCCUUUGGAGAUGCCAUCAAGAACCUGGACAACAUCAAGAAGACCUUUGCCAACCUGAGCGAACUCCACUGCGACAAGCUGCACGUCGACCCCGAGAACUUCAAGCUUCUGGGGGACGUCCUCAUAAUCGUCCUGGCGUCCCACUUUGGCAAGGACUUCACCCCUGCCUACCACGCUGCCUUCCACAAGCUGGUCCGCGUGGUGGCCCAUGCCCUGGCUCUCCGCUACCACUAAUCACCUG